AUGUUCAGCAACAACAACCGUUUCGCAAAAGUCACCAGUCUCAUCUUGCAUCUCAGCAACCAACAGGUCAAGGACUUUAUGGAGAUUUACCUCCGUGAAUAUUACAGUUGGCGGAUCUGGCAAGAGUGUGUUGAGAAGAUACCUCACGUUGACCUACUUGAACAUGCUCUUGAGCAGAGACAGACUGUCCAAGAGCUUCUACGUGAACAUCGUCCUCCUCUCUGCACUGACAAUGUUCCGGACCAAGACAAACAAAAAGGCGUCGAGUUUCUGCAGGGAUUGAGGAUCGCUGGUGCAGUUGAGGAGUUUUUGGAGUAUACAGAGAAUGGCCUGCUUGACUUUCUUCGACUGGAUAUCGAGUGGGAGUUCCUCCAGGAUGCUAUCGACAAGCAACAGAUGCUGGGUUCGUUGGAGCUUGGCUGGCUUGACACAGAGAAAGUCGGGCGGCUCAUGGCUCAGUUUUCCGCUGCUGAAUCAUCUACGGGCCCAUUCCGGUAUCCUGAGCUGGGAGAUCCCUUCUUGGGCACUAUUAAGAGAAGACUUACACCUCCCCCGGCAGAUACCACUGACGAAGACGUUAUGAUGAAAGAUGACGGCUACGAUUCAGACGCGACACAUGAUGCAUCUGAAGACAUGGAGGAGAAUGACAAGCCAGGCGACAAAGGAAAACAGCCAGCAGGUUCUGAACAACAAGAUGAUCAAGCUACUAAAGAUACCCGCCCCUUGACAUCCCUCAUCCCAGGACCGCUAGGUGAAGUGCCUCUUCCAUAUCAACAACACAUCUUACAGUUGGCUUCUCAGAGAUACUACCACCAAGCCUACACCCAUCUAAAAGGAAAAGCAGUGUCUACUCUUGUAGAGGAAGAAAGACCACCAUACCCGCCAGCCUCGGCGUAUUGUCCUACAGGGUUUCACUACCUGGCAAAGCAGAAGCAGGUCCGUGGGCUUAUCGGGCCCCAAGGCGGAAUUAGAUCAAUGCAUCGAGGUGAAGUUGAGCAUGGAGAGGGAUCUGCGAGACAGGAGGCGAAAGGGAAUGCUUCACUGGCUGCUGGAAGGGUGCCUGGUGCGCCUCGACUUUCUCGAAGGGGUUUGGAGAAUCGGACAAUUUUGACAUCUAAUUUCGAGGAUGAGUUUCUGAAUGACCUAAGAUAUGACUAUGUAAUGAAUCAGCGUCAGAGGCCAGUGUAUUUGGAAGAGGUCCCGAAGGACGACAUGGAACAAGAAGAACAGUAUGCGUCCUUCACUCCCGCCCCUGACGAAGAACCUUUGUCAUUCAUCCGAGCAAGUGGUUCAACACUCCAACCGAAUCAACACUCUGCGCCCACAAUCCUAGGCCACAAAGCCCCUACCAACAACUCUACACCAUCUGAACAACUUCGCCAGAUGCUCGACGCCAACUGGUCAGGCUUUCUCAAAAAGAAGGGAAGCAAAUCAACGGCAAACUCAGUCACCCGGCAGAGAACCCAAGACAUCGAGAGCGAAGUGGAAGCUGAUCCCAUGACCAUGCCGAUCGAUGUGCCGGAGCCAGAGAACGAUGGUGAUUACAACCCGAAGAAGAAGAAGAAGACGACGCCCAAGAAAUCUGGACGAGGAAGACCGCGAAAGGCUAGCCUCAAGAAGAGGGAGAGUGAGGGGAGGAUCUAG